AUGGAGGAUUUGUCGGUCGAGGUGUACGGUGAUAAUGGUGCUUAUUAUAAGGCCAUUGUCACCGACGUGCUCGACAACGAGGUUCUCGUAGCCUUUGAAAAUGACUGGCAGCCGGAGUCAAAAUUCCCGUUCUCCCAAGUGUUCUUACCACCUAAAGAUACCGGGAAACAGACAGACUUCGUGGAAAACCAGGAGGUGGAGGUAUAUGCAAGGUCCAAUGAGAAGGAAGCAUGUGGGUGGUGGACAGCUAAUAUUAAGAUGAUGAGGGGCGAUUUUCUAGUGAUAGAGUACCUAGAAUGGGACAAUUGCUACACAGAAAUAGUGCCAAAGGACCGUCUCCGGGUGAAGACCUCUAAAACACCCAUUGACAAGAACACCUUCCAUAAGUUUGAAAUAACUGUACCUGAUCACCUCAAGGAAUACGUUCACGACAUCCACAGCGCGAAGGUGGAGAACGCGCACAAGGAGUUCCAGAAGGCGAUCGGCGCGGCGCUGGUGUGGUACGUGCCGGAGCGCGGCGCGCUCGCCGUCGUGUCGCGCUGCGAGGCCUCGCACAAGCGCGCGCAGAUGCUGCAGGAGAUGCACUUUAGAAAUCUAACACAGAAGCUGUUAUUGUUGAAAAGGACUGAGGAGGCAGCUAGACAGUUAGAAUCCACAAAAAUACACAACCAGGGCGGUUACACAGACGAGUUCUCAGUGCGCGAAGACCUCAUGGGGCUCGCGAUCGGCACGCACGGGGCCAACAUCCAGCAGGCGCGCAAGGUGUCGGGGGUCACCAACAUUGAGCUGGAGGAGGUGUCUUGCACAUUCAAGAUUUGUGGAGAGUCGGCGGACGCGGUGCGGGCGGCGCGGUCGCUGCUGGAGUACGCGGAGGAGUCCAUCAAGGUGCCGCGCGCCUUCGUCGGGAAGGUUAUCGGCAAGAAUGGGAAGGUCAUACAGGAGAUCGUCGACAAGAGUGGGGUCGUGCGUGUGAAGGUGGAGGGCGACAACGAGCCGCAACCGUCGGCGCCGCGCGAGGAGGGCGUCAUGCCCUUCGUGUUCGUCGGCACCAAGGAGAACAUCGCCAACGCCAAGGUGCUCGUCGAGUACCACGUGGCGCACCUCAAGGAAGUAGAGCAGUUGCGCCAGGAGAAGCUGGAAAUUGACCAGCAGCUGCGCGUGGUGAUGGGCGGCACGUCCACCUACCCGCCGCCGCGAGGCCAGCCACCUUCGCGCCCCCGCCGGACGCGCCCGCCCCACCACCGGUACCCCACUACGGGCGGACGAAGAAUGACUCCAGAAUUAGGUGAAGAGCGAAGUGAUAGUACGGGUUAUCGUGGACGUGGCGGCAGGCCGCCAAGGACUAACAGGUCGAGCGAGCGGCGCGGCGGCGAGGAGCGCGGCGAGCGGCGCGUGCUGGAGAACGGGCGCGCGCACGCCCCGCCGCAGCGCGCCCCCCGCACCAACAACAGCGACGCGCGCGCCAACAGUGGCAGACGACGUGAAGACCGACGAAGGCAAACAGAUGAUGAAAGCUCCGUGCUGGACAGUCAGGACGUGUCCAGCGCAGACAGAGAGUCCGCCACGUCAGACGAGGGACGCGGCGCGGGCGAGGCGGCCGGAGCCAGGCGCCGCCGGAGGAGGAGGCAAGGAGGCGGGUGGAAGAACGGAGCGGGCGGAGCCGCGGCGCCGGCGGCGGCGGGCGCGGCCGUAGCGCCGGCGGCGGCGACGGCGGUGGCGACAGCGGGGACGGGCGCGGCGGCGGGGGCGGGCGCGGGCGCGGGCGAGGGCGCGGCGCGCGGGGCCAAGCGACGCUCGCCGGCGCGCAAGGCGCCGCUGCUGAACGGCACGGCCUGA